GCCGCCCCCUGCGUGUGAGUCCUGCGGAGCUGGGAAGCUGCUCAUUGACUGACUGACUGCCCGGCCGUGCGGCUCCCCGGCCCAUCACCUGCAGCUGCCGCCUGUCGGCUAGCGAUCCGCACUCAGGGCUUGAAAGAUGAACAGGUGUCCGCUUGCCAAUGAAAGAGACUCGUGUCUGCAGCCCUGACAGUGAUUAGACUCCAAGCCCAUGGACCUGUUUACAGAACUUCAGCUUCUAGAGAAAGCCUCCACUCUAGAGCGCCUCCGAGCUGCCAAGAAACGCAGGGAGCAGCAGCUGAAAAGAUGGACGCAGAGAGAGAAGGAAGAAGAGAACCGGAGGAGAAGACAGCAGAAGGUCAACAGGAAAACCCCAACUAUCAGGAGCAAGAGAGUGUCCUUCCCGCCUCGGGUCACCCUCCAUGAGGCCUGUCUGAGGAACGAUCCUGAAGAAGUUCUCUCUCUCCUUAAAAACAACGUGGACCCCGACCUCAGUAAUGAAGAUGGACUGACCGCCCUGCACCAGUGCUGCAUAGAUAACUAUGAGGAUCUGCUGAAGCUGCUCCUAUCGCAUUGUGCAAAUGUCAAUGUGACCGACAAUGAGCUGUGGACCCCUCUCCAUGCCGCUGCCACCUGUGGGCACACUAACCUGGUGCGCAUCCUGAUUCAGCAUGGCGCUGACUUACUUGCGGUGAACGCUGAUGGGAAUAUGGCGUAUGAUCUGUGCGAGGAUGAAGCCACGCUGGAUGUCAUCGAAAGCUGCCUGACAUACAGAGGCAUCACCCAGGAAAUGAUCAAUGAAGCUCGUCAGGCACCGGAGCGUCACAUGCUAAAUGACAUAAGGGCGCUGGUGGCAAUUGGACACGACCUGAACAGGACUGAUAACCAAGGAGCCACACUGCUCCACAUAGCAGCGUCUCGGGGCUUCGCAGAGGUGGCUGAGAUGCUUCUGGAGAAUGGGGCCCAUGUUGAAGUGAAGGAUCCUGAUGUGUGGGAACCGCUACAUGCUGCAGCCUUUUGGGGUCAGAUCUACGUAGCAGAGGUUUUAGUCUCACAUGGUGCCAGUCUCAGCGCUAAAACAGCCCUGGAUGAGACUCCUCUCGAUCUGUGUGAAGAUGAAGAACUUCGCUCCUUGCUUCUGGAACUGAAGCACAAACACGAUAUCAUCAUGAAGUCUCAGCAGAAGAACAAGUCUUCUCUGAGCCGCAGAAGUUCCAGCACCGGGAGCCAUGGUAAGGUGGUGCGGCGCGCCAGCCUGUCAGAGCGGACCAACCUGUACAGAAGGGAAUAUGAGAAGGAGGCAGUGGUGUGGCAAUGUUUGGUGUCUUCAGGGAACACAGAGGGCACCCAGGAUGAGGAAGAGAGCAGCCCAGAAGUACAGCAGAGAGCUUCUCUGGAUUCUGAGCAAACACUGGGCCCUUCUGAAUCCCAGUUCCGGAAUGGAUUCUGCCCUCCUCUGCCUUCCUGCUACUGCCCUUCUCCGCUGCCUGAUAUCCCGGUGCCAACGCCACUUACAAACGGUAACAUCAGCCACUCCCUGCCCUGUUAUACCGGAAGCCCCCUGUGGAGCAGCAUCCUGGACCAAGCCCCCCUAACUCUGUCUGAACUGAAAAGGCAAAGGUCUGCAGCCAAACAGGGGAGACUGAUGCUAAAGAACAAUAGCGACUUGCAGAGGCUCACAGGGCUAGAUUAUAACAGCCCCGGCACACCUCCCUGGUGCUCCAAUGGGGGGCCCGUUUACUAUACCCCAACCAGUGGGGACCCUCCCAUCCUGAGGUUAAAAUCUCCCAUGGAGGAAGAGGAGGAGACGAGAAUAUUGCAUUGCUGUCGGAUAUCCUAAACUGGAGGCCGUGGCUUUUGAGAGAAUGUUCUGGAAUAGCGUACAAGUGCAAUGCAUGCUAGUUUCAUGUAUAUCUGUACAUAGGAAGUCAUGUAUGCCUGUAAAUACUGACCUGUAUCUAGCUGUAUAUAGAACACCCCACUCUACCUGCCUAUACAGAGUUUUACAAGUACCUCUUCUGUACACAAAUCUGGCUGUAUGUACACCAUGUAGUGUAUACUUGUACAGAAUCUACCAUUGUAAAUGCAGGGCUCUUUAUAUCUGUAUAUACACGACAAUGUAUAUCCACAGAGCUGUAUAGUUCUGUACAGGUACUGCGGGGGUGUAAAUAUGCAGAGGGGUGUAAAUUUGAGGGUGAACUGUUUAUUUACAACAGUUUGACUGCUGUAUGUAAUGGACUGGUAUAACUUGGGCAAAUGGGGCAUAAGUGGGCGCUGCUGAGAAGUACUCGGCCUUGCCCAGCUGGCACCACAGUGUCUGCCAUAGGCAGAGCGUUUCCUAUUCCCUUUAUGGGGGUUGUUGGAGGAUGAUUAAAGACAUAGUACUGCAGUUCUCCCUAAGACACCAUGGGGUAAUUAAUACACUAUGGUCCUUAGUGGUCAGGGGAACCGGCCUGUGAUCUGAACUGGGUAACCAAGAAACAUAGAAUUUGACAGCAGAAAGGAGGCAGUUGAUCUGCCAGUUCUGCCCAAUAAACGCCUAAAAGGGAUCAUCACACGAUUUACUGCAGCCUUUACUUGUGCGGAGUUCUUUUCUGCCCUUCCAAGGUUCAUAUUUCAUAUAUUUAUAUAUUUAUAUUUGUCCAGUGCUUUUGUUUACUCAGCUUCAGCCAAGCUUUCCUUUCUGUUCUGCCUCAGGCACCCACAGGCAGCAGUGUAGUGAGUGUUAAUAAGUAUCUGGCUUUGCCUUGUGGGACCUGCGCUCUGAUAUUCAGUGUAGGACUAGAAUUCCUGCCGAAAAGCAAAGCAGGACUGCUGUCCGGUAGUCAGAAGGGUAGCAGGAAAUAGUCUCCCCAGUACACUAUUGCUCCCUACAGCAAACACUUUUCUUUGCAGUUUCACCCCCCCACAUCUGCAGGAAGAUUGGACUGACUUCAAGGCAAUAAAUCUCAUGCAGAGAGGGGUUUGAUAUGGAGUUAGAGCGGUAUUUGCCUGUUAUUACGCACGUGUACCCCACGAUAAUCAGCCGCGACCCUUAAACGUUUUACAGGUUCAGUGUAUUCCAAGCUCCUUUUAUAAUAAAGCUCAUUUUAAGGAGA